AAUAUUUCAAAAAAAAGGAAAUGCCCCAGCGUUCCCCAACGGUCACGCAAUCUCCCUCUCUGUCUCGCGCUCUCUCGCUCGUCUAAUUCUGCGAUCGCCAAUCGACUCCCAUUCGCUAUAACAUCCGAUUUCCUGCAGACCCACAAGUUCUCGGAUCCGAAAUUCCCCAUUUGAUCGUCCGAAAUGGCUGAGGAUUUCUCCAAAGCCGUGGAUGACGGUCUCAAGCUCUCCAAACGACUAUACUUCGGGAAGGAUCGAGCGGUGUCGCCGCCGAAGCCGCCGCCGUCGAUGGACAAAGCGACGUCGUGCGCGUUCCUCCCUAAGGCGCCGAUGGUCUACGCGGUCAUCUCCGACCCGGCCAUCGUCGACAACCCGGACAUCCCCAGCUACCAGCCCCACGUGCACGGAAGGUGUGACCCCCCGGCCCUCAUUCCGCUGACGAUGAACCGGGUCGAGCUCGAGGUCGAUUGCUACAUGGACACCGCCUUUAUUCGGGUUUCCGGGUCGUGGAGGGUCCAUUGCGUAAAGGCUAGCAAGAGCUGCGGUUGCCGCGUUGCCAUUCCUAUGGGUGAACAGGGUUCAAUUCUAGGUGUUGAGGUCGACGUAAACGGUAAAUCGUACCAUACUCAACUCAGUCAUUUGGAAGAUGAGAAGGAGAUGGAGAAGAUGGCCAAUGCAGAGGGAGGCUUUCUCAGAGUCAAACCUCUUAUAUUCACAUUAACAACACCUCAGGUCAACGGAGGAGCCAAUAUCUCAAUCAAAAUGAGUUGGUCUCAGAAAUUGUCGUAUUCAAAUGGUGAUUUCUCUUUGAAUGUACCAUUCACUUUUCCGGAGUAUGUCAUCCCCCCGGGAAGGAAGUACCUGAAAAAAGAAAAGAUCCAAUUAAACGUGAACUCUUGCGUUGGAACUGAAGUUUCGUGCAAGACAGUUAGUCAUUCUUUGAAGGAAUUACGGGGAAUAAGCCAAGUUGGGAAAUUGGGUUUUCUGUACGAGGCAGAUGUUCUGAAUUGGUCAAAUACCAACUUUAAUUUCUCGUACACGGUCUCGUCGAGUCAUACACUUGGUACUGUUCUCGUGCAGUCACCGCCCACGCAUGACAUUGAUCAAAGAGAAAUCUUCUGUGUCUAUCUUCUACCAGGAAACGAGCAGAGCAGGAAGGUUUUCAGAAGGGAUAUAGUGUUUGUUGUUGAUAUUAGUGGAAGUAUGCAGGGAAAGCCACUUGAUGAUGUUAAGAAUGUACUAUCUGCAGCCCUCUCAAAGCUUCAUCCAGAAGAUUCGUUUUGCAUUAUCGCUUUUAAUGGACAGACUUUUUUAUCUUCCACAUCAAUGAAAUCGGUUACCAAGGAGGAUGUUGAAAGGGCCAUUGAGUGGAUUGGCAUAAAUUGUGUUGCUGGCGGCGAUACAGAUAUGUUGCCUCCCCUUAACCAAGCAAUAGAGAUGCUAUCCAAUACUCGGGGUUCAUUUCCUAUCAUCUUCCUUGUUACUGAUGGGUCUGUUCAAGAUGAGAGGCACAUUUGUGAUGUAAUGAAGAAGCGUCUUACAGAAGCAGGUCCUAUAGCUCCACGUAUAUACACUUUUGGAAUAGGUACAUUCUGCAACCAUUAUUUCCUGCGAAUGCUUGCAAUGAUUGGCAGGGGCCAAUAUGAUGCUGCGUACGAUAUAGAUUUGGUCGAGUCUCGAAUGCAGAGCUUAUUUACCAGAGCCUCAUCUGUGAUUCUUACAAAUAUAACCCUUGAAACACUGGAUGAUCUUGUUGAUGUUGAGGUAUUCCCUUCCCAUAUUCCAGACCUCUCAUCUGAGAGUCCAUUAACCGUAUCUGGCAAAUUCCGAGGAAAGUUUCCCAGCUCACUUAAAGCUAAAGGCCUUCUACCUGAUAUGUCUAAUAUCGAGAUCGAUUUGAAGUUACAAGAUGCAAAGGACAUACCUCUUGACAGGGUAUGUGCAAAAGGACAGAUUGAGUUGUUGACUGCUUGGGCAUGGUAUGGAGAUAACAAAGAGCUUCAAGAUAAGGUAGCUGAACUGAGCAUGCAGACCAAUGUCGUGAGUGAGUAUACAUGCAUGGUGAUACUUCACAAAGAACUAUCUGGACCACAAGAGACAUCAAAGAAAAGCCGCACAAACAAGACGAAAGACUCUGAAAAACCGACGUUGCUUCCAACACUAUCCGUUGGCUUUGGCAACUUAGUGGCAACAGCCGAGAACAUUCCUCCUGGAUCCGAAGAACCAAAACUCCCGGAAGCUGCUGAAAUUUUUGUGAGAGCAGCUUCGAGUUGCUGUGGCUCAAUGUGGAACAGAUGUUGUUGCAUGGCCUGCAUCCAGUGUUGCUUCAAGGUAAAUCCUCAAUGUGCAAACGUAUUCACUCAGCUCUGCACUGGUCUGGCAUGUGCUGGCUGCCUCAACUGCUGUGUCUUCUGCUGUGGCGGAGAUGGUGGAUCGUAAAUCUUGGCCGUACGAAUUGGGUAAUCUUGUAGAAUAAGAAUAGUGUAUAUAGGAUUAUUGUUCAUGGCAUCAAAUACGCACAGCUAGACAGCGAUUAGACGAGAAAUUCUUACUCUUAUAAUGUUACUGUUUUGGGAUCUCUUUUUCGCAGUGGGUGAACCCUGUACAUUUCAACAUGAAUGAUAGAUAUAUAUGGUUACAAUUAAAAGUUAAAAGCGUCUGUUUUUUA